AGUCUUGGGUUCAAUCCCCACUACCACAAAAAGAAACAAAUAAAAAACAUCCUAUUCUAGGACUGAGGGCAAAGCUCAUAGCUCAGUGGUAGAGCACUUGCCUAGGAUGUGUGAGGCCCUGGUUCAAGCCACAGUGCGUCAACAAAAAACAAACCCCAAAGCUCUAUACUUUAAGAUUUAUCAUUAACCCCAUUUUAUAGAUGAGAAAACUGAAAAAGAAGUGUUAAGCAAAAAUUUCCCAAGUCUGUGCUGAUAACCACUACAGUAUAUGCACUGUCAUCCUUGAUUCACAAAAGACAUCUCUGAAAACAGUCAAGCACACAAGAAGGGUCCUGCUUCAGAACUUGGAAAUGAAAAGUAAAAGCUAAGUCAACAAAGUCAGACAGCUAUGGGUUUGAGUUUGAGGCAACUUACUUAACAUUCUCUGUGCCUUAGUUUGUUCGACUGUAAUAUGAGAGUGGUGAUACCUACCUCACAGUGCUAUUGUGAAGAGUAAAUGGCUUAACACAGUGACUGGCACAGCAUCGUAAUGCCCAAUGCACACCAGCAUGCUAGUCCUCCUGGCACAGGCCCGCAAACCCAUCUGCUGUGAAGAAGCUGGGUAUGGCUCCCACCGCUUAGUCCUGUUACUGAGGCCAAAGAAAAUCAAUGAGACUAAAAUGUCCAAAGGUCGAAGGGCAGUGAUUAUUGAUGAGAAUUCUCCGAGCAAGGUGACAACAAAGGAUACAGAAGACAACAGGAAUGUGACAGACAUAGAAGACAAUGGGACCAUGACUGCAGUAGCUCUGACUAUAGCUGAAGAUGUUAUUGAUGUUGCUACUCUGUCUGUGGGAGAAACUAAACACUGUGCCAGAAAAAUCCAGUGGAUCACUCAUGGUGAAUUCACAGCAGAAAAAGGCCGGAGACAAAUUCAGGAGCUCAUUUCGGUAAGUUAGCUGACCACUCCAGUUUGUUACAUGAGAAUGAGAAACAAUGAAAAGGUUGUUUGGCCAAAAGUUUGAGGUAGCCAGAUAUGGUGGUGCACAGCUGUAAUUCCAGCUUCUUGGGAGGCUGAGGCAGGAGGAUCCCAAGUUGGAGACUAGCCUGGGGAACUUAGUGAGACUCUGUCUCAAAAAUAAAAAUUAAAAAGGGCUGGGGAUGUAGCUUAGUGGUAGAGCACUUGCCUGACAUGUGUGAGACCCUCGUAUACUACAAAAAAAAAAGUUUGAGGUUCAAAGGUGACUUGAAUAAAGAAACAUUGUCUCUAUCUAGGUUCCAAAAUCAAGGUGGGAUAAUCUUUGCAGGCGAAAAGCAUAAUUGUGUUGCUCUGUGUUUGUAUCACCUUACCCUUACAUUUCCCUAGGAAAAAGGAAUAUUUCCAGUUAAGCAAUUUGCUAUGCUGAUGAAUUCAGUGUGGGCCUAGUGGCCUAAAGAGGAAGAUGCUUCUCCAAAAGAGGAGUUCUUCACCAACUUGAGUAUGCUUAUGUUAGCAGAGGGGAUGUGGAUGGACCAAGUGUCUUUUUGUGUGUGUGGUGCUGGGGAUAGAGCCCAGGUCCUUGAUCAUGCUAAGCAUGUGCUCUACUACUAAGCAUGGGCUCUACUACAUCCCCAUCCCCAGG